UGCGGAGCGCGUCACAGGGGAAGAGUAUAAAUCCAUCUUCAUUCCAGCUCUCCUUGGUAAACCGAGCUGCUCCUGUUAUGUGGACUGCAGACCAUCUGUCUCGAAGCUACUCGGCGGUAUAUCCAUAUCUGUUCCCUGACUGGCUGCAACAUUUUCGAUACAUUAAGGACAAGAACCCAGGAUUAAACAGUGUUAAGUUAUACUGCUAGGAAGGAGGCAAGGUUUUUUAAGCUCCGCGCCAAGUUUGGAUUCCUGCACCCAUAGUACUCACCUGCCUUGCUCAUAACUCUCACAUUUCCACGGUUGGAUUUAACGUUUGCCACUGUAAGAGAAGGAGUUGGGCUGCACAACUUAGAAGUGACAACCUUAAUCAGCCUUGCACUGAAGCCAUCACUUAGCCUCAGCUGUCCUGUGUUUGUGUCCCUUACUGUGCUCCCGGAGCCAGCUGCUGUUACAGGAGCCUGAUGUCUUCAUCUGAUUCCCCGCAGUUGUUGAGUGUAUGCAUUUCUCAGAUUUCCACUCAGGACUCGUGAGCAUCAUCGACUGCCUUCACGAUAUCAUAGUAGAUUGCUAAGCUUGAUCCGCAAGGGCCUCUUCUGCUACUAGACUUAAAACCAUAAAGUGCUAAGGAGCGGAUAUUUGGAAUCAGUGGCAUCCAAUUCUAUAAUAAUGUUUAGGAAAGGGGUCUCAGCUGAAGGAUACUUGUGGAAUACUUGCGCUGUGUAAAUCAAAACCGAAGGGCUUUUUUAAUGAAUUUUGGUCCAGGUCUUCAAAAUUAAUGUCUCUUUUCGGUCUGAAGAGACCACAUACAAGGUCCCUCAACUGGAAGCCCAUCUAAGAUGAAGUUAUGGGAUGUUUUGUCUAUGUGCACAUUGCUGCUGAGCAUUGUAGGGUCAACUCCUCUUCCUCAAAGCUGGCAAGCAUCUGGUAAGAAACAAUUCCAUUUGGAAGACAUCCAGCAGGAGCCUUCUUCCGUUAGAACAGUUCUGGCAGAUCACACCCCCAGCCUGGAUCCCAUCCCUGUGGAAAGUGAAUCAAUAGACGGUAUGCUUGAAGAUGAACAGUUUGAAGAGGUGGUGGAGUUCAUUCAAGCCACAAUCAGGCGAGUGAGAAGAUCUUCAGAGAGACGAAGGACUCCAAACCAUCAGAAAGGAACACGGCAGAAGGACAUCAGCAGCAAAAGGGGGCACGCCCCCAAGGGCAGACGCAGCAAAGGCUGUGUUCUCAAGGAAAUACACCUCAAUGUAACAGACCUCGAACUUGGUUACCACACCAAGGAAGAACUGAAGUUUAAGUACUGUAGCGGGUCCUGUGAUGCAGCAGGUACAAUAUAUGAUAGAAUUCUAGCCAAUCUGUCCAAAAACCAGAAAUUUAUCAAAGACAGGGUAUGGCCAGAGGCAUGCUGCAGGCCGAUUGCUUUUGAUGAUGACCUUUCUUUUCUUGAUGACAACCUUAUGUAUCACACCUUGAAGAAACACUCCGCAAAAAAAUGUGGCUGCAUUUGAACAUGCAAGGAAUGAGUCUGUUUUUUCUCAGCAAUUGGAAUUAUUGCAGUCCUUUGUAGUGACAAAUGAAGAGGAAACUACUCCCACAGAAAGCUCCUAUAAGUGGAGAGAGGGGUCAGAUUAAGGAUAACAGUGAAGGCACAUCCAGGUACAUGGCCUAUAUAUAGGUCACUGAGGCAGAAAGUGCAGAAGCAGACGUGGUGCUUUAGUUUCAGAUAAAGUGAAAUGUGCCUGGAAGUUGUAAUGUACACUCAGGCUCAAAGGUCAAGACUUUGCAUCAUUAAAUCUAUCUAUGGCCUAUUACUAAUAAUAGUUCAGAAUCCUUUCUCAUUUAACUCGAAAACACAACAUAUUGCAUUAUAAUUUCAUACAUUCUUGGAUGUAAUCCUAUUUUCCAAAUCCAAGAAUAUAGCUGCCAACAUUGACCUGGUUGACAGAUACUUUCAUUUCCACAUUGGUUAGAACUAUAUGUUAGAAAUGGCAUGCAAUAUGAACUGUAUGUGUCACCUGCUGAAACUGAGAUAUUGGUUAAUAAUAUUCACUUUAAGUAGUUUUCAUACAGGUCUUGAAAAGAGUGACAAUUACUGAAUGUGGCAUUUUCGGGCCUCUUGGGGUAGAAAGCCCAUACCAAAAACGUAAACUAGCUAUGAGAUAUAUAUAUACAAAGCUGUUUCAGUUUGCAAAGUGAUUCUGUCCCAUUCACACAAUAUACAUCAUGCUUGGUCAAUGAGACUGAACAGCCUACUAGAUGCAAUGCAUCCCUUCAGAUUCAUAAUUAUAUAAGAGAUAUUUAUUACAAUUUAAUUAACUUAUUGUUAUUUAUUAGUAUCCUUUGAUGAAGACAUCGUUUACUUAUUUAUUUUAAGUUUCUGUCAAAAAAGGUGCCAAAGUGGAACAUGCAUGCAUGCUACUCAAGGAAAAAAAUAAGAUGGGAACAAGACAGAAGUCCACAUUUAUGGAAGUAUUAAUGUUUAUAACAGAAAAAAAAAAUCACUUGCUUUACCUUUCUAAUGACCCUGUCCACUGUUCUACUUGUUAACAAGUCAAUAGCUGCUUGUGUUUUAGAUACCUCUUUAUUUUUACUUUGCUAAGUGGACCUCUCAUCAUUAAUUGCUGUGAGCAUAUAAAACCUUCCUAUUUCAUCCCUGGAUUUGUGUUUGAUAAAUGGAAUUGUUAAUUUUUUACCAUUAGCAUACUGAAGAUGCAAUUUGUUUAACAUUACAGCUUCAUUAUAGAAGCACUAAAUCUUGAUAAUAAAAUAUACAGAUUGGUCUGCUGAAUUCUGUGUUGUUUAGAAAUCAAAACAUGUAUAAUUAGUAGUAUAUUUUAAUUACAAACAUUCCCAAAUCUUAUUUUGCCAGAGAACUUAACUACAGACAAUAAAUAUCAUAUAAAUAUUUUAAUUUCAGUGAGAAGUGACCUUGCGUUCUGAUUAAUAUAAAAGGAAUACAGGGCUAUCAGUUGCUAGAAAAAUAUAUAAAUCCCUUGCUCCUGUUUUUUCUAGGAUGACUUAUUGUAUGUGCCAUUGUCCAAAGUGAGCUGUUAUUUUUUUAGGCAUUUCAAAGCAAAAUUGUGCUGGAGAUUGUUAUUAUAAAACAGCAGAUCUUGUAGUACAAUUAUGCUGUUAAAUGUCAGAAUAUAUAGCAUUUGUUUAGAUAUAUGAUCCUUGAAUCCACCAAAGAUUUGAUAAACCAAAGAUUUCUGGUGUGUGUGUGUGUGUGUGUGUG